AUGCCAGCAAUGCGAAGUCCCGGCAUGGCGAAUGGCCGUUCACCUAUCAACCCUCCAACGCUUAUAGAGCAUAAGAACCUCCGUUUCUUGAUCGCUGACGCUCCAUCUGAUAACAAUUUGGCUCUAUAUAUUCAAGAAUUCGAACGAUACAAUGUGACUGACGUUGUUCGUGUGUGCGAUCCAACUUACCGCGUUGAACCUCUUAAAGAACGUGGAAUGAAAGUUCAUGAUUGGGUUUUCGGCGAUGGCGAAGCUCCACCAACUCAUAUCGUUAAUGAAUGGCUUGACCUUGUUCAAGAGCGUUUUGGAGAAUGCGUCGAUGAAGAAUUGAGACCAACUAUCGCGUGUCAUUGUGUAGCUGGACUUGGCCGGGCACCGGUUCUAGUAGCUAUUGCGUUGAUCGAAACCGGCAUGAGCGCGCUGGAUGCAAUCCUUUAUAUACGCGAGAGGCGGCGCGGCGCAAUUAACAAUAAGCAAUUGAAGUAUAUCGAAAGUUAUAAAAGAAGAUCGAGGUCUCCAAGAUGUGUGAUUUCUUAG